GACUAGUUGAUCAGCCGCGCACUGACACUCCACGGUGCAGCAAGCCGCAUUGCCAUUAGCCUGAUGAGAGAAGGCAGCGAAGCACAUCGCGAGAAUCUUUGGCUCUUCAGUAUUCUCACUGUAUACUUUGGUGAGUCCAUCCCACGGACUGCACUGCAAAUGAAGCACGGAGCGAUUUUAGUCUUUUUUCAAUUGCAACUCUCACACAUCCUUGCAGCUCUUGGUAGUCCGAGAAAUGAAUCUCUGUCUCUGCUCAUUGGCGAGUGGGGGAUGCCCGGCUAGGUUUUUCUCAUACGUGGCAUGCACCAGCUCCAGCAAGAGCUUCUAGCCACGUGCUAUACCGGUC